GGAAGUAAACAGUAUAUAGUAACCUAAUCAUGCAAAAGACAGUAUAAUAGUAUUAAGUGUUUUAUACUUUUGAUUACUUAUUACCAACACGAACAGGAGACCGCAGAAUUACUCUCCGGACUGUCGUUUCAGAUUAAAUGGAUGAAAUUGGAAAGAGACCAACAUCAUACUCCAAUGCGAUUCUUAAUACAUCUGUUGACGUUUGUAAUAAAAUGGCCAACGAAAACCCAGUCUUCCAUCGACCACAGCCAGAUGCAUGUAGUGCUUAUGCCGUAUCAAUAACACAGCAACCUAACUCAAAUGAGGCAAAUACAGAGUGUAACAAAUAUCAUGAAAUUAGACAAUGUACGAGAAGUGCAAACGGUGACAUGCAUAGAAACGGCAGUACAACAAGCAGUAGCAGUUUACUGUCAGGAUCAACCGAAAGCAUAGUUCCGGGAAAACGUUAUAUUAUUGUGAUAAUAUGCGUAAAUAUUACCUUCUUUGUUAUUGCAUUUUCUCUGAUAAUUGUCCAAUUUGUGAUGCUUAACAAAUUACAGGGUAAAUUGGAAGUUGAGAAAGCAGAAAGAAAAGGCAAAUCAAACACACUAUGUUUACCUUGCAAUGAUUUGAUUCUAGGUCCAUUAGAACAUGAUAAUGAAAAUAUAAAGCUGCUGAAUAGAAAAGAGGAAGAUGGAAUUCAAGUAUGCUGUGCUAAAGGAUCCAAUCAAACGUCAAUUCUAAUGGAUUUGUUAUUGAAAAGAAGAGAAAAAUUACACCAUGCACAAGAUAUUAUCGACUCAGAAACCAAUAGUAAAAAUAACUGUACAACUGACGAGGGUGGUAACCAUGGACAAGAUCAUGGUAGAAUAGCAGCUCAUCUUUUAGCAGGAGUACAAUCGAUAACAAAUGGAGCACCUCCAUACAUUAUACAAAACUGGGAUGACUCUGGACCAACUGCAUAUUCAAGUGGUGUUCGUGUGGAAAACAGUCGUAUAAUAGUAAACACUUCCGGUUUAUAUUUUGUAUAUAGCCAGAUAUUCUUCAGUAACCUUUACAAAGGGCAAACAACAUCAAACACUUCACAAGCCUUGUACCAUUAUGUCUAUCGAUGGAACGUCUUUUAUCCAAACGAUGGAAACGAGUUGUUGCUGAAGAGUGUCCGGACACAGUGCUGGGCAGAAAACAGAGUGUAUGGUGAUUACACUAGUUAUACCAGUGGUGUGUUUAAGCUCAGUGCAGGUGAUAACCUGUAUGUAAAGGCAUCAAAACUUGAUUUAAUUUCAAGAGAUCCUAAAGCAUCCUUUUUUGGCAUUGCGAAGCUGUAAUUCCAUCCUUGAAAAUAUGUUCCUUUUACAUAUAUUAUGUUAAAAAUAUAAUUCACUAGAGCUAGAAAACGACUCAUAGUUUAUAUUAACGGAUUUUCAAGUUUAAAAAAUACUUUAACCUGCAAUGUCUUAGAGGACAAAAAAGUAAAGACACCAAAAAAUUAAGUUCCAGUCCGGGAAACGUCAAUUUUAACAUAAAAGAGGCGUUAAGAUAGUUCUGUGAGUUAUCGCCCCUGCAUGUAAUUUUUCUAGCAAGGAACUUAUCUGUUAGCUCUAUAGAUAUGCAACAGUUACAUUGUUGUAAUAUCCAUAAAAAAAGUAUUGCUCGAGCACACAUCACUGGUAAAUACAGGUACUGACAGGAAUUAAAUAUCGAAAUAUACAUUUUAAAAGCGUGCUGUUAAUUUUUCUCUAUUGUGCCAAAAUAUAUGUAUUUGUUAAUUUUUAAUUAUUUGUUAUAAUCUUUCUUGUUAUUUUUUGAUAAUAUAUAUUUUUAUAAUUAUAAUCUAUAAUAUAAGCUUUGUCAUACAGUGUACAUGUUAAUAUAUUUUUAUCAUGAAACUAAUAAUUGACAAACAUUUAUGUCAUUAUUAUAUUUCAUAGAAGUGAAUAAAAAUGAAAGAAUU